GUCUGUCCAUCCCCGAAAUGUCAUCGGCACCCAGCGUCUUCAGCGCCAUCGGUAAUACGCCUCGACGCAUGCGCCAGUCAAUGACAUCGGCGCUUGCAUCGGUGUCAUCGGUGCUCUGCCAGGAGCCAGAGGCCACUCAGAAGCCGGACGCUGCCGAGCCCACGGGCAGUACCACUGGACGCAAGCGCCGAAAGCGUCGCAGCCCCGAAGGCGAUGCACCCGGGGCGUCGGAGAGCUUUGAAGGCAGGGCGAUGACAGCCCCGGAGCCGACAGACCCGCAGCCGCUCAAGGGCGAGAACGAGAAGCCCCGCAGGCGCCGCCGGAGGGAAGCAGGCGAGCAAGCCAGCGCGGAGCCAGGCGCUGCCGAGGAGGCGGAACGCCAGGUGGAGCGCCAGCGCGACCACUCGGGAGCCAGUGCUGCCGCUCGGGAGCCACGCGCAGACAAGCCCCAGGUGGAACUCCAGGUGCUCAGCGCCCCGAGCCUCGAGGACGACGCGCUCGAGCAGCCGAGGGAGGGCGCCGUGCGCCAGGCGGCGGACCGCUUCUCGGGGGAGGCAGGUAGCGCGGCCACGCGGAAGCCAGGCGCUGACGAGGGGGAGGAGUUGGACGUGGAGUCCCAGGUGAAGCCCCAGGAGGUGAAACCCGAGAAGGCCGAUUGGACGGACGACUUGGAUAUGGCAGAUACGUACGAGCUCAACACGUCGAUUUGGGACAGCAUGAUGUUUUUCGGGUUCCCCGAGCUCGGAUGGAACGUGUCCUUUACGCUGCUCUUCGGCUACGUCGUCAAUCUCGUAUCCCAGCUCGCGUUCUGCUUCGUGGUCUAUACAUACAUGCUCAAACCGAACGUUGAUUCGUCCACGCUCAGUAAUUUGCUCAAGUUUCGGCUGAGCCUCGCGCACAACUCAGAGUUCGCGGACCCCAUGACGAAGCAAUCUUUGGCGAGGCAGGUUUGCAGCACCAAUAAGAAGGUGCACUUCGCCGCUGGGCAGAUAAGCGUCUUGUCGGACGUGCAGAAAUUCGUAAGGGGCGGGCCCACGCUGAUGAUAAUCGCAGAGAUCCUCUUUCUCGUAGUCAUCGUCAAGGAGAUGGGCGCCAUCGUGCAUUUCUACCAAGCCGUCAUGUCGCUAGAUCGGGCGGAUACCACUCAGGUUAAUCUGACUGUACAAAGGGGUCCUAAAUUGUCAUCCAUUACGGCUCGAUUUGAAAAGAUCCAUCGGAUGCGUGUUCGCUUUACCUGGGCUCUCAUCACCGUGCCCCGCGUCAUCAUUUGCGUACGAUAG